UUUUAAGUAUUUCGGCUAAAUGUGUUCCUUUUUUAACUGGCAGAUGAUGUCGCCGCCGACUUGUCCUUUGAAAUUAUGGUCGAACCCGACAACCUGGACGAUGCUGAAAUCAACUUGCCUCGUCAUCUUCGAUGCGCAUGUCACACGCUGAGUCUUGUGGCAACUUCAGAUGCGAAGGCAGCCUUGUCGACACCGUCCUUUGAACGUGCUAACACAUCGGUCAUGUCAAAGUGUUCGGCUCUAUGGAACUGCGUUCGAAGACCCAAGUCGUCUGAAGUUAUUGUGGACAUCCUAGGGCAUUCUCUGAAGACGCCAUGCGUAACACGCUGGAAUUCAUUGUAUGACAGCAUGAAAGACCUCCUUCGCUCGAAGGAUAAACUGCGAGAUGUCUGCGAUGGACUAAAUCUGCAGACAUUCCAAGAAAGAGACUUAGCAUUUAUUGCCGAGUACUGUGAGAUCCUGCAGCCCAUCGCCUCCGCUCUGACGCGACUCCAAGCGCAGUCCGAUUGCUUCUUCGGGGAGCUGCUGCCAACGCUUUUUACCGUAAAAUCAAAGCUUCAGGAGAAGGCUGGUAUGGACUUCGUCUACUGCAGACCACUUUUGGAUGCGGUUACAUCUGGGUUCAUUCGCAGAUUUGACGAGCUUCUGCGAAUGAAACCAAGUGCAAAUGAAGCGACUGUUGCUGCCGUUCUUCACCCUUACUUUAAGUUGCGGUGGUUGUCACGAGAACCUCAAGAUGUCCGCGAGCAUGGCCAGCAACUCACAGAAAAAGCUGUAAUUGACUUUGUAAAUGCAACCAAGCAUACCACGCGUCCUUUGGCGUGCGCGCCAUCAACCUCUGCAGCCUCUGACGUAUCGGCUGAUGCAUUCUUUUCUUUUGAAGCCCACUGCGGCACGAGCCCCAGUUGUCAGGAAGAUCAAGUCAAACUUGAGUUCCUGAGCUACCUGCAAGAUCCUCGAGUUGAAUUCGAUAUGCUCCGCUCAUACCCUUCUCUGAGAAGCGCCUUCAUUAGAUACAACAGCCCAACGUGCUCCUCGGCUCCUGUAGAACGGCUGUUCUCCUUCGCUUCGCUAAUCUUACGCCCGCAUCGUGGCAGACUUUCAGACCGGCGUUUUGAGCAAAUGCUUCUGCUUAAGGCUGCGGUCCCACGGGUGCCAUCGUGA